AUGAGUUCAACAGAGUUCCCCCGCAUCAAGGAAGUCCGCACCUUCAUCAUUGAUGGUGUGGGUUCUGGUGGUGAUUACCACAAUGUCAAGGGAGGCCACUGGCUAGUCGACAGCAACAUCUCCACCCCCAUGACCAAGUGGGCACAGUUCCGUGGCUCGCGAACAUCCUGGGGUAUCAAUGUUCUGGGAUCGUUCUGUGUGGAGAUUGAGGCUACAGAUGGCACUAAGGGCUUUGCAACUGGUUUCGGUGGUCCCCCAGCAUGCUGGCUGACCCAGCAGCACUUCAAUCGCUUUCUGAUUGGUGCCGAUCCCCGUGAUACCAACGAUCUCUUUGAGAAGAUGUACCGCGCCUCCAUGUUCUACGGCCGCAAGGGCCUGCCCGUCGCCGUGAUUUCCGUGAUUGAUCUGGCCCUGUGGGAUCUCCAGGGCAAGAUCCGUAAGGAACCCGUCUACAAGAUGAUCGGAGGCGCUACCCGCUCCCGAUUGAACUUCUACUGCACCGGUCCCGAGCCUGGAUCCGCUAAGGCUGCUGGCUUCAUCGGAGCCAAGGUGGCUUUGCCCCACGGUCCUGAUGAGGGUACCGAGGGUCUCCUGAAGAACGUUGAAUACCUGCGCCAGCAGCGCGAGAAAGUCGGCGCUAACUUCCCACUGCGCGUGGACUGCUACAUGUCUCUGACUGUUCCCUACACAAUCCAGCUGGUCAAGCGCUGCGAGGCUAUUGGGCUCGACAUUGAUUGGUGGGAGGAGUGCCUUUCCCCCGAUGACUUCGACGGCCAGGCGCUCCUCAAGCGUGCCCACCCCACCGUCACUUUCACCACAGGCGAGCACGAGUACUCUCGCUACGGUUUCCGCAAGCUGAUUGAGGGCCGUAACGUUGAUAUCCUCCAGCCCGAUGUGAUGUGGGUUGGUGGAAUGACCGAACUGCUCAAGGUCUCUGCCAUGGCUGCCGCUUACGAUCUGCCUGUGGUGCCCCACGCUUCUGGGCCCUACUCUUAUCACUUUGUCGUCUCCCAGUCGAACAGCCCCUUCCAGGAAUACCUUGCCAACUCAGCCGAUGGACACACCGUCGAGCCUGUGUUUGGUAACUUGUUCUUGAACGAGCCUAUCCCUACCAAGGGUUAUCUUGAUGUCUCUAUCCUUGACAAGCCUGGGUUUGGUCUGGAACUCAACCCAGCUGCUCCGCUGAUCCCUGCUGCUGCCAUUCUGACCCCGGCUCCCCAAAAGUCCCUGCGCGCCCCCGACAACGAGGAAGCUGCUAGCAGCUCUGCAUAG